UUCGUGGCGGCCGCGCGCGUUCCGAGCGGCGGCGGGAGGAGGACGAUUUUUAAGUCCCUUCAUACGGGGGACGCAGCCCUUCGCUUUGUGAAGUGCUGAAUCAUUUCAAAGAUGUUUAAUAAAUCAUUUGGAACUCCCUUUGGGAGUGGCGCUGGUGGUUUUGGUACGACUUCAACAUUUGGACAGAAUACUGGUUUUGGUACCACAAGUGGAGGGGCAUUUGGAACGUCUGCAUUUGGUUCCAACAACAAUACUGGAGGCCUCUUUGGAAACACACAAACUAAGCCGGGAGGCUUAUUUGGGUCAAAUUCAUUUAGCCAACCAGCUACCUCCUCUACAAGCACUGGCUUUGGAUUUGGAACAUCAACAGGGACAUCAAAUAGCUUGUUUGGAGCUGCUAGCACAGGAGCAAGUCUCUUCUCAUCCCAGAACAAUGCCUUUGCACAAAAUAAACCUACUGGUUUUGGAAAUUUUGGAACAAGCACUAGCAGUGGAGGUCUCUUUGGAACCACAAAUACAACUUCCAAUCCCUUUGGUGGCACAUCCACCUCCCUUUUUGGACCCAGUAGUUUUACAGCAGCUCCUACUGGAACCACCAUAAAGUUUAAUCCUCCAACUGGUACAGAUACUAUGGUCAAAGCUGGAGUUAGCACCAACAUUAGUACCAAACACCAAUGUAUCACUGCUAUGAAAGAAUAUGAAAGCAAAUCACUGGAGGAACUUCGUUUGGAAGAUUAUCAAGCUAACAGGAAAGGUCCUCAGAACCAGGUGGGAGCAGGUGCCACCACAGGGCUGUUUGGCUCUUCUACAGCAACUUCCAGCACCACAGGCCUCUUUGGAAACUCUACCACUAAUGCAGGUUUUGCAUAUGGGCCAAAUAAAACUGGCUUUGGGACAAGUACAACUGGAUUUGGGACAAAUACAGGUAGCCUCUUUGGUCAACCAACUCAGCCAACCACCAGCCUUUUCAGUAAGCCAUUUGGCCCAGCUGCAACCACCCAGAGUACUGGCUUUUCAUUUGGGAAUACCAACACUCUUGGACAGCCAAACACCAACACUAUGGGUUUAUUCGGGGGAACUCAAGCCUCAUCUGGAAGUCUUUUUGGGACAGCUACAAACACGAGUGCUGCCACUGGAUUUGGAACAGGAACAGGCCUCUUUGGGCCAACCAACACAGGAUUUGGUGCUGUUGGUUCGACCCUGUUUGGCAGUAACAAGCCUGCUGCAUUUGGAACUACUACAACCAGUGCUCCUUCGUUUGGUACAACCAGUAGCGGGCUCUUUGGUAACAAACCAACCCUGACUUUAGGAACCAAUACAAACACUUCCAAUUUUGGUUUUGGUGGAAGUGGGAAUAUUUUUGGAAAUAAACCAGCACCUGGUACUCUUGGAACAGGACUUGGAACAGGCUUUGGAACGGGAACAGCUCUUAGUGCUGGGCAGGCAUCUUUAUUUGGAACCAACCAGCCCAAGAUAGGGACGGGGACCUUGGCCACAGGAGCUUUUGGAACCCCUGGAUUUAGUGCUACAACAGCUACCUUGGGUUUUGGUGCUCCUCAGGCUCCUGUAGCUUUGACAGAUCCGAAUGCUUCUGCUGCUCAGCAGGCUGUUCUCCAGCAGCAUAUCAAUAGUCUGACAUACUCACCAUUUGGAGACUCUCCUCUUUUCCGGAAUCCGAUGUCAGACCCCAAGAAGAAAGAAGAGAGGUUGAAACCCACAAACCCAGCUGCACAGAAGGCUCUGACCACCCCUACUCACUAUAAACUGACACCUCGCCCUGCCACUAGAGUCCGUCCUAAGGCUCUGCAGACAACAGGGACAGCCAAAUCCCACCUCUUUGAUGGGCUAGAUGAUGAUGAGCCAUCUCUAGCGAAUGGAGCUUUUAUGCCCAAGAAGAGUAUCAAGAAGUUAGUUUUAAAGAAUCUCAACAAUAGCAGCCUCUUUUCUCCUGUUAGUCGGGAUGCUGAAGAUCUGGCCUCACCAACAGAUUAUCCAGAGAAUGGGGAGAGAUUUAGUUUUCUCAGCAAAGCUGUUGAUGAAAACCAUCAGCAGGAUGGGGAUGAUGACUCUCUUGUGUCACGAUUCUACACUAACCCCGUUGCAAAACCCAUCGCGCAAACUCCUGAGAAUGCAGUAAAUAAACAUCACAGCAGUGUGGAUGAUUCCAUUGUUGUGUUGAACAUGCGUGGUGCCUUACGAAAUGGCCUGGAAGGAAGCAGUGAAGAGGCCUCUUUCCAUGAUGAGUCUCUGCAGGAUGAUCGGGAAGAAGAAGAGGAAAGUGCUUACCAUAUCCAUCCAGCAGGCAUCAUUCUCACCAGAGUUGGCUACUAUACGAUACCUUCUAUGGAUGACUUAGCCAAAAUUACCAAUGAAAAGGGAGAGUGUAUUGUAACAGAUUUCACCAUAGGUCGAAAAGGUUAUGGCUCAAUCUAUUUUGAAGGAGUGGUGAAUUUAACUAACCUCAACUUGGAUGAAAUUGUACAUAUUCGUAGAAAAGAAGUCAUUGUGUACCUGGAUGAUGAGCUAAAGCCUCCUGUGGGAGAAGGGCUAAAUAGGCGGGCUGAAGUUACCUUGGAUGGAGUUUGGCCAACUGACAAAACCUCUCGUUGCUUAAUAAAGAGUCCUGAACGACUAGCUGAUAUCAAUUAUGAAGGCAGGUUAGAAGCUGUUUCACGAAAACAAGGUGCCCAGUUCAAGGAGUAUCGGCCAGAGACUGGUUCUUGGGUAUUUAAGGUCUCCCACUUCUCAAAGUAUGGCCUGCAGGAUUCUGAUGAGGAUGAGGAGGAGCAUCAAUCUAAAGCAGAAGUAAAGAAGUUGAAAACAGCUCCCAUGCCUCCUGUAGGCCAGCCAGUACCACUACAAAUGGCUCUCAAUGGCAAACCUGCUCUUCCAUCCCAGAGCCAAAGCCCAGAGGUGGAACAGCUAGGGAGGGUUGUGGAGCUGGACAGCGAUAUGAUAGAUAUCACCCAGGAGCCAGUUUUGGAUUCCAUAGUAGAAGAAAUCAUCCCUGAAGAGCAAGAGCCUGUAUCUGCUUCAACACACAUUGCAUCUUCACUGGGUAUUAACCCACAUGUUUUACAGAUCAUGAAAGCAUCUUUGCUUGCUGAGGAAGAAGAUGCAGAUUGGGUCCUCGAUCAGCGCUUUGGCAAGCUUCCUUCCAAAGUAGACCCCUCGCAAGAAAUCUGUUCUCCCAGACUUCCCAUUUCAUCAGCACACCCACCAAAAUCCCGAACAUUAGUAGGUGGUUUACUUCAGUCAAAGUUUACAAGUGGAGCUUUUCUCUCGCCAAGUGCCUCUGCGCCAGAAUGUCGAAAUCCCAGAACUUCAUCUUUAACAAGUGCCCCUUCUACAUCUCCUUGGUCAGUCCCUCCACCACUGGCCCCUGUGUUUGCAGUGCCCACCCCAGCACCUGAGGUCCAGUUAAAAACUGUGGGUGCUCGAAGACAAGCAGGACUUGUUCCCCUGGAAAAAUCUGUCACCUGUGGCAAGGGAAAGCUUUUGAUGGAUAUGGCACUCUUCAUGGGACGUUCAUUCCGGGUUGGCUGGGGCCCCAACUGGACCUUUGUCAAUAGUGGUGAUCAACUGAGUGGAUGCCAGGAACCUGGAGAUCGUCACAACGCUGAAUCUAUGGAAUAUGGAUUCCUGCCUAACCCAAUAACUGUCAAAUCACUAGCAGAGUCCCCAUUCAAAGUCCACGUGGAAAAACUGAGCUUGAGACAAAAGAGGAUGGAUAGAGAUUUACAGUUAUACCAGACUCCCUUGGACAUCAAGCUUAAGCACAGCACUGUCCAUGUAGAUGAACUGUGUCCUCUCGUGGUUCCCAAUCCUGGAGUAGCCGUCAUUCACGACUAUGCAGAUUGGGUGAAAGAGAUAUCAGGAGACUUAGCAGAAUCAGAAACUGUAGUAAAGCACUGGAGCCUGACAUGGACACUCUGUGAAGCCAUCUGGGGUCACCUGAAGGAACUAGAAGAUCAGCUGGAUGAGCCCAGUGAGUACAUGCAGAGCCUGGAGCGCCGAAGGGCUUUCUCCCGUUGGCUGUCACAGACAGCAGCUGAUCAUAUUGAGGAGGAAGUAGCCCUGUCCCGACAAGACAAUCCUGUGGAGGCAGUCUUCAGCUACCUCACAGGCAAGAGGAUCAGUGAGGCCUGCCGCCUGGCCCAGCAAAUAGGUGAUCACCGACUCGCCCUUCUUCUGUCCCAGCUGGGGGGCAGCCAGCCAGUCCGGGAGCUGCUCACCAUGCAACUGGUAGACUGGCAUCGGCUCCAGGCAGACUGCUUCAUCCAGGAGGAUCGACUACGCAUUUUUACUCUCUUGGCUGGAAAACCAGUAUGGCGACUCUCAGAACAGAAGAGUAUCAACGUCUGUUCCCAGCUGGAUUGGAAGCGCUCAAUUGCUGUCCAUUUCUGGUACCUCCUUCCUCCUACUGCUUCCAUUUCCCAGGCUCUCAGCAUGUAUGAGGAAGCAUUCCAGAAUACCUCUGAAAGUGAAAAAUAUGCCUGUAGUCCCCUGCCUUCAUAUCUUGAAGACUCUGGCUGUGUGUUGGAAGAUGACAAUACAAGGAGACCUCUUAGAGAUGUGUGCUUUCACCUCCUCAAGCUCUACAGUGACAGACAUUAUGAUCUGAAUCAGCUGUUGGAUCCCCGGAGUAUAACCUCUGAUCCUUUGGACUAUCGCUUGAGUUGGCACCUCUGGGAAGUCCUACAGGCCCUGAAUUAUACCCACCUGUCUGAGCAGUGUGAAGGUGUGCUGCAUGCCAGCUAUGCUGCUCAGCUUGAGAGUGAAGGACUGUGGGAGUGGGCCAUCUUUGUCCUACUACAUAUCACUAACACAAGUAUGCGUGAGAAAGCAGUACGGGAGCUGCUCACUCGGCAUUGCAGACUGUCAGAAACCCCUGAAUCCUGGGCCAAGGAGUCCUUCCUGACCCAGAAGCUCUGUGUGCCUGCUGAGUGGAUCCAUGAGGCCAAGGCUGUGCGUGCCCAUAUGGAAUGUGACCAGCACCUGGAGGCCCUCUACCUAUUUAAAGCUGGACACUGGAACCACUGCCACAAACUUGUCAUCAGGCAUUUGGCCUCUGAUGCCAUUAUUAAUGAGAACUACAGCUACCUAAAGGGAUUCCUAGAAGACCUCUGCCCCCCAGAGCGCAGCAGCCUUAUUCAGGACUGGGACACAGCUGGACUAGUUUAUCUGGAUUACAUCCGGGUCAUUGAAAUGCUCAGCCGAAUUCAGCAGCUUGAUUGUCCAGGCUAUGAACUAGAGAAAUUGCAUACCAAAGUGACCUCUCUUUGUAACCGGAUAGAGCAGAUUCACUGCUCCAAUGCCAAGGACCGACUGGCCCAGUCAGACAUGGCCAAGCGUGUGGCCAACAUCCUUCGGGUUGUUUUGAGUCUUCAGCAGGCUCCAGAUGGAGUCCCAGAUUCACCUGCAGACCCGCAGCGUGUCCCUCUGCGCUUGCUGGCCCCCCAUAUUGGUCGGCUCCCCAUGCCUGAGGACUACGCCUUAGAGGAGCUGCGUAGCCUCACACAGUCCUACCUCCGAGAACUGACCGUGGGGAGCCAGUGAGCCCCCGGGCCUCUGCCCCACCCCACCCCAUCCGCUUCUCGUGCAAAUGCUGGUGCGUGUUCUGUUUGGAUAAUUCAUUCAUUUGCCAUUCUCCUGGUCAGGGAAAGGGAGAGGUGAUGUCCCACUCCCCCUAUCCCCCUACUGCACACAGUGCCCUUUAGGGCCUGCCAGGGCCAUUUACGGGGGUGGGGAGCAGCAGUGGGGUUUUUAGAGCCCCAGGUAGGAGCUCAAACCUCUGAUGAGGUCACAGUCACUAUUGUUGUUUCGUUGUGUUGGGUUUUUAAUGGUCAAUAAAGCACCUUGGGCAGACUCCCCUCAAUAAGCAGGGGGGCCCCUCCAACCCCUCGCUAUCUUCCAUUUCCAUUCGCUGCAGGUCCCAUGUCCUCUUUAGGGAUGGAGAAGCCUUGCUCCCUAAGGAGUCAUUCCCUCUGUCCCUCACCCCACUGUACCCCAUACCCUUUCUUACCUGCACCAGAUUGGGAGGCAUCUUCAGGUUGUUUCUUUUUAAACACUGAGAUUUUCUAGCUCAUAAGCUAGAACAGGUUGGAUAGAGUGAAUGAAUUUAACGAGUCCUUUCUGAGCUCAUCAUAGUGCAGGGGCUAAGUCCUGCAUUCUUUAGUCAUUGGCUCUUGGCACUACUGUGGGAAUGGAGUCCCACCCCUGCUGCCUUGGGGUUCAGAUUGUCAGUCAUAAUCCUUGACAACUCUGGGGUAAAUACGUCUCACCCACCCCCAUCCUCUACUCCCAGCAGGUCCUUGUAAACCAGCCAGCCACUUUUGUUUUUUCAUAGACUUUAGAAGUUUGUCGGUGGCCUUCAUCCCUGUUCAUCCUCCCCACUUGCUGAGUGUAUCAAUGUGUAACAUGUCUGCUGGACCUCUUGCCAAAGCAGGGAGUCAUUAGAAGGUGGAGGAGCCUGGAGAACAGAGACUUGCCCACUGUCCUCCCCACCCACCCACACACACCCCCACACACACCCAAUCAACUUGUGGCCGCCUCCCCCAUCUACAUGUAGACUGGCCCCUCCAUCUAGUAGCAUCUAAAGUCAAAUGAAGACUGUAUGUGCCGUACCCUAGAGGAGGAGAGGAGGCCCCCGUCAGACAGCUGCUGGCCCAUGGGAAAUCCCAAAUAACAGACUGGGGUAUCUGGUGUCAGGUACUGCUGUGAAUAUCAGCUUUACCCAGGGUCUUUAUGCAUGAGGAUUAUGUAAAGGUUUUUAUUAAAACAUAUAUAUAUAUAUAAAUAAAUGAUCUAGAUUAUUUUCCUGUCUGUUUUUCUGAAGCUACUUUCUUAAAAAAAAAUAAAUAAAAUGUUUAUCACAUUCCUGGA